GUCUCGGCUUGAAAAACGCUUUCCCUUUUUAGAUCUUUUGAUAUAUCUACUUGUCAGUAGAAUUGCAUCUAAUGCACUUUUGAUUGGAAUUUGAAAGUCAUUAUUGCGCGUAAUUACGCAUCUCACAGUUUUGUGUUUUACCAAGUGCCUAUCUAGUCAAAGAGUGAAACCCGCAUCGUAGAUUGCAUGAAAACGCUGCGCCAGCUUCUGAAACUAGCGAACGGUGUAAGUGUCAUAAUCCAGGGGAAUCGCCAUCUGAGCCAAAAGAAAAUCACUUCGUUUGCCUCUAGCGGAAUAAAAUAUCGCCGAUUAGCUAUGCCGGAAGCGCAAGAUUGCUCUGCUACUUUUCCGUAUCCGGAAGCUCGUCGUGACGAGUCGGUUGUGGACGAUUUUCACGGUGUGAAACUUGCCGAUCCAUACCGGUGGUUGGAGGAUCCGGAUUCAGAGGAGACCAAGCAGUAUGUUGAAAAGCAGAAUAAAAUCGCUCAGCCAUUUCUGGAAAACUGUGACGAAUGGAAGAAGCUCAACGAAAAGCUAACCAAGCGGUGGAACUAUCCCAAGUAUUCCUGCCCAUUCAAGCACGGGGAACGGUAUUUCUUUUUUAUGAACACCGGACUGCAGAAUCAGGAUGUUCUGUAUGUUCAAAAUUCCCUGGACGAUGAACCUAAAGUUUUCCUAGAUCCCAAUUCGUUGUCGAAAGAUGGAACGAUUGCUUUGGUCGGUUCGCGCUUUUCCCACGAUGGGAACUUGUUCACCUACGGUUUGAGUCAAAGUGGAUCCGACUGGACCAAGCUGAAGGUGCGCGAUGUAAAAACCGGAGAAGACUUUCCCGAAACGCUCGAGCAUACCAAGUUUGUUACGGCUUCGUGGACCAAAGAUAAUAAGGGAUUUUUCUACGCACGUUUCCCGGUGGUCGAAGGAAAAGCUGACGGGUCCGAAACGGCUGCGAACGAGAACCAGAAGCUGUACUACCAUCGCGUUGGAGAACCGCAGGAGAAGGACGUACUGAUCGCGGAAUUUCCGGAGGAACCAACCUGGCGGAUGACCCCAGAAGUAUCUGAUUGCGGGAAGUAUUUGAUGUUGUUUAUCAUGAAAGGAUGCAAAGAUAUGCUGCUGUACUUUAGCACUUUGCAGAAAUCGGAAGACAUCACAGGAAAGCUAGAUUUGGUGAAAGUGGUUACUGAAUUUGACAGUGAUUAUGAUUAUAUCACCAAUGAGGAAAGUAUUUUCUCUUUCCGCACUAAUAAGGCCGCCCCGAACUACCGAGUUGUAAAUAUCGAUUUCAACAACCCGGCGGCGGAAAACUGGACCACGCUCAUCGAAGAGCAUCCGAAAAAUGUGCUCGAUUGGUCGACUUGUGUGAAUAAGGACAAAAUUGUACUGGGUUACAUCGAUGAUGUCAAGUCGGUCCUUCAGGUGCAUAAGUUACAGGAUGGUAGCUUCGUUUCUAAAUUUCCGCUGGAAAUCGGUACCAUCGUUGGGUUCAGUGGCAAGAAGAAAUAUUCGGAAAUUUUCUAUCAUUUCGUAUCUUUUCUAACACCCGGCAUCAUAUAUCAUUUCGAUUUUGCUCGAGAAGAUGCGGAACCAACCAUUUUCCGUCAAGUAAAGAUUGAAGAUUUCGAUAACAGUUUGUACAAGGUGGAACAAGUGUUCUACAAGAGCAAAGACGGAGAGAAAAUCCCGAUGUUUGUAGUACAAAAAAAGGCUGAUAAGCAAGAGGAAAAACCGUGUCUCCUGUAUGGUUAUGGUGGUUUCAACAUUAGUGUUCAGCCUUCGUUUAGCAUCACCGGCCUAGUGUUUAUUGAUUCGUUUGAUGGAAUUUUGGCUUAUCCCAAUAUUCGUGGUGGCGGCGAAUAUGGCGAACGUUGGCACAAUGCUGGUCGCCUAUCAAAAAAGCAAAAUGUAUUCGACGACUUCCAGCAUGCGGCCAUGCAUCUGGUUCAAAGCGGUUACACCCGCCACGAGAAGAUUGUUAUUCAAGGUGGAUCCAAUGGGGGUUUACUUGUCGGAGCUUGCAUCAAUCAACGACCCGAUCUUUUCGGAGCUGCCGUAGCUCAAGUAGGUGUUAUGGACAUGCUUCGCUUCCACAAGUUUACGAUUGGCCAAGCAUGGGUUUCGGACUACGGGGACGUGAAGGAGAAAGUACACUUUGAUAACCUGUACAAGUAUUCACCGCUGCAUAACGUGCGAACACCGAAAUCCGAGAAGGAGCAAUAUCCGGCGACGCUUGUUCUGACGGCCGAUCACGAUGAUCGUGUCAGUCCGUUGCACUCGCUCAAAUUCGUUGCCGCUUUGCAUCACGCCAUUCGGGAUUCCGAAUACCAAAAAAAUCCUCUGCUAUUGCGUGUGUACAGCAAAACGGGCCACGGGGCUGGAAAACCGACGGCCAAAAAAAUCGAGGAAUCAACCGACAUCCUUACGUUUAUGUUCAAAACGUUGAAGCUAAAGUUAACUUUCUGAGCGGCGACAGUCGCUGGCAGCAAAGAGGAAAUUCCUUCUACCUUUUUUUCAUGGCCAUUUUCAUUUUUGUUUUUACAUUUUUAUUAUUAGCAUAAUGAUUUCCAGUGUAACAGUUAUAGUCAUUCUGUCGUCACCGAGAUGAAACAAAAAGAAUAAUCAGGUGGUUUGUAAAAUUUAUAAUGAGAGAAAAAAUGGUUAAAAUAACAUGCUAAACGAUUAAAAAUUAUCAAUUUUUCAUUCAGUAUAAUUCAAUUGCACUAAAACGAGUAUACUAGUAUGUACUAGUAUAAUUACCCAAAAGUACUAAAACAUGGUGCGUUACUGAGAACCAGAA